GCGGGUCGGAGAGAGACGCGGAGCCUGGGGUCUUCCCUGGUCUUUGCCAGGGAGGAGCUGCUCUGUUAUUGCUCUGCAGCGGGAGGUGGGAAUGGAGCAGGGGGCGCGACCCGAAAGCUGGUGUUAUUUGGGGGGCGCCUCGUGUCUUAAACGGCCGAGAGUCACCGCUGUAGACUCGUGCUAGACACAGACGAAGCCGAGGAGCGCCCUGCCGGCCUCUGACACGGUUGCAGCGAAACCCAGCGCCGCGCGGAGCUGUUGCUGUCGAGGAGUCGCCCUUCCCUUGCUACAGCAGCGUCCUGUUGCUGUCUCAGCGCAACGCUCCGGUUUAUGCCUUGCUCCUCGGCGUGUCCUUCGUCGAGGUGUCGGUGCUCGUCAAGGAGAACCGGAUGCCCUGCGAGAAAGCCACGCUGCGCGUUCGGGGUCUUUUCAAGCUCUUUGUUAAAUGGAAAUUGGGAAGGAAGAUUAGCCUCAUCUAACCUACUCCGUAUUUGAAAAGUUAGAAAUCUGAGAUGCAUUAGAGUUUGGAGACCUUCAUUUGAUUAAGCCCUGGCUCUUUCAAAACUGAAGUUCUGGAUUGAACCAUUUGCUGUUGCGAGGACAAAUGUGCUGCAAGCUCUGUGCCGUGGGAACAGAGCACUGUUGUAAGGGCUGGGAGUCCUGGAAGAAGUUGGCCUGCAUGGUUGCGACUCGCUUGUUCGAGGACUUUUGUGCGCGUGCAAAUGGAUUUCGAUCCAGCCUUCGCAUCACUGAUGUCUCCUCCAUUAGAAAGCCAGCCUGCACAACACCUGACACCUGCAACCCGCUGGCGGGAGACGAUACAGGUUUCACUUGUGGGACUCUUGUGUUGGAAGAAAGGGCAGGAACAUUAUAAUGCUGUUGGUAAUGCAGACUGCUCACUACAGCUGCCGCCUGCGAAGGAGAGCAGCGCCAUCGUCAUGGUUUCUGCACUUCGAAGCAUAACGUGCAAAAGGAAUACGUGGGAUGCUGCGAUGGCCCAUCCAGUUCAAUGUGCUCUUUAAUCGUCCAGGCAGCAUCCUGCGAAGGAGACCAGCGCAAGUCCUAACGCUGUCUUGUAUCCAUCCGUGAAGCCUUCCCCCUCAGGUCUGCAUCUCUCCCGAGUCGGAAGUCUUCAUGUUCAAUAAAGUAUGAUGUGAAUAUGCGUUGCCUGACAGCUCGGGUCAACUAUAAGACUUUGAUCGUGAUCUGCACUCUCUUCACGCUUGUCACGGUGCUGCUGUGGAACAAAUGCUCCAGCGAUAAAGCGGCUCAAUUCUCCCGGAGUCUCAACGGCGGCUUCCGCGUGGACAGCUUGGAGAAACGAGCGGCCGCUUCGGAGAGUAACAACUAUGUGAACAGCCUCGUGAAGCAGCAGAGCGAGGAGGCAUCGCCGCAGGAGCAGCAGAAAGCCCCGCCUAUCGUGGGCGGCUUCAACAGCAACGGGAACAGAGUUUUGGGACUGAAAUACGAGGAAAUUGACUGUCUGAUCAACGACGAGCAUACGAUAAAAGGGAGGCGAGAGGGCAGCGAGGUCUUCCUGCCCUUCAGUUGGGUGGAGAAGUACUUUGAGGUCUACGGGAAGGUUGCUCAGUAUGAUGGGUACGACCGGUUUGAAUUCUCCCAUAGCUACUCCAAAGUGUACACCCAGAGAGCCCCCUACCACCCCGAUGGCGUGUUCAUGUCCUUCGAGGGCUACAACGUGGAAGUGCGCGACAGAGUGAAGUGCAUCAGCGGCGUUGAAGGUGUGCCGUUAUCUACACAGUGGGGGCCUCAAGGCUAUUUCUACCCAAUCCAGAUUGCACAGUAUGGCUUGAGUCACUACAGUAAAAACCUGACGGAGAAACCUCCUCACAUAGAGGUGUACGAAACAGCCGAAGACAAGGACAAAAGCAGCAGGCCUACUGACUGGACUGUCCCAAAAGGCUGUUCUGUUGCAACGGUGUUCGAUAAAUCCCGGUUCACGAACGUGAAGCAGUUCGUCGCUCCAGAAAAUACUGAAGGGGCCUCUCUGCAGCUGGGGAACACAAGGGACUUCAUUAUUUCUUUUGACCUCAAAUUCCUGACGAACGGAAGCAUAUCAGUGGUUCUGGAAACGACCGAGAAGAACCAGCUCUUCACAGUGCACUACGUCUCAAACAUGCAGCUGAUCGCUUUCAAGGACAGGGACAUUUACUACGGCAUCGGGCCGAGGACUAGUUGGAGUACCGUCACCAGAGACCUGGUCACUGACCUCCGGAAGGGAGUGGGCCUCUCCAACACAAAAGCUGUAAAGCAGACAAAAAUCAUGCCGAAAAAGGUGGUCAGGUUGAUUGCAAAGGGAAAAGGCCUCAUUGAUAACAUCACGAUAGUGACCACGGCGCACAUGGCGGCUUUUUUUGCCGCCAGCGAUUGGCUGGUGAGGAACCAGGAUGAAAGGGGGGGCUGGCCCAUCAUGGUGAUGCGGAAGCUCGGGGAAGGGUUUCGGUCGUUAGACCCAGGCUGGUACUCUGCCAUGGCCCAAGGGCAGGCCAUCUCCACGUUAGUCAGGGCUUACCUGUUAACGAAAGACCACACAUUCCUCAAUUCAGCUUUACGGGCCACAGCACCUUACAAGCUCCUGUCUGAGCAGCACGGCGUGAAAGCCGUCUUCAUGAAGAAGCACGACUGGUAUGAAGAGUACCCGACCUCGCCUAGCUCGUUCGUGUUGAACGGUUUCAUGUACUCGUUAAUCGGGCUGUAUGACUUGAAAGAAACGGCGGGGGGGGAACUUGGGGAAAAGGCAAAAGCCAUGCUUCCGCUCUACGAUACUGGCUCAGGGACGAUCUACGACCUUCGCCAUUUCAUGCUCGGCACGGCUCCCAACCUGGCCCGAUGGGACUAUCACACCACCCACAUCAACCAGCUCCAGCUGCUGAGCACGAUUGACGAGGCCCCGAUUUUCAAAGAGUUUGUCAAGAGGUGGAAGAGCUAUCUGAAGGGCGGCAGGGCAAAGCACAACUAGAGCUGACAACCAAAACCGCGCGUCUGCUGUCUGCGGGAGCCGCUGGACUUCUCGAAGGGAAACGGGGUGCGUUGUAAAAGGCCGCUUACUAAGCGAUGGGCUGUUUCAAAGAAGUGAUCCUUAAAACUGAUGUGAAACGAUUGCAUUCCAGCGUGGUAAUGCUUUGAUCCGGUAAGGAGAAUUUGGAUCAAAGCUAGCAUCUCCUUCAACUCGUUUACCUGUCCGUAGCGUCCCACCAUGAAAUCACUCGCCCGUGUCAAACUCCAUUUGUACUCCUGAGUUUCGGGGGGCGGAAAAAUUCCUUUUUGUAGGGGAGGGGGGGGAAAAAAAAGAUAAUUUACAGAAGCCAUAAAGGUCCUUAAAGUCCAGCACUUGCCUGAAAAGUUAGGAUGUGGCCUCCUUUAAAAUGGAAUAAUCUGUGUAUAUGUUGACAACAGAGUAACGAAUCGUGGUGUAAUGCAGUAACCGUGUAUUUACUUGUAGCCUGGGUAGUGGACAGUGUAUCUUUUUAAAGGUGUUUUUUAUACCGGUUCUUUUCUCGAAGGGGGGGAAAAUACACAAAUAUUUGUUUUACGGUUCUAUAUAUCGAGGUACUUUCAAUGUACGGUUUCUUUAGGGGUGUGUCGAUUUGAAAACGCACCUAGCCAGCAUUCGGGCUCCUAACUUGUGUUACGUAAGCACAACUCGAAGUGGGACUAGCUGACUGCACAAAACUUUGCAAGCAUACCAUCCCCUUUUUUUAUAAAGCCAAGGCUACAAUCACGUUUGAGGCUUGCUGGUCGCCGUUUCUGCCGUGCCACUGAAAUCUCUUGUGUACUGUAUUUCCAAUUGCAUUGAAGAGGCUUCUGUGCGCACGGGGGAGAUUUCUGUUGGCAACCUAAACAUGGGCUAAGGAGCUAAUUUUUGAGUAGCUCAUAGGAGCCUUGAUUUCACUGGACUUAU